AUGGAAAUCCCAAUUCUCUCUCUAGUGUUAUUCAUAUUCUCCACUAUAUUAUUCUUCAUAAUCCGAAGAAGGAUAUUGAAAACCAAAAAUUCAAAUGCAAACGCCCCUCCCGGACCACGGAAGCUGCCCUUGAUCGGAAACAUACACAAUCUCGUGGGCGAACUUCCUCACCACGCGCUUCACCAUCUUUCCCAGAAAUUCGGACCAACGAUGGGGCUUCAGCUCGGUGAAACUACAGUUGUCGUCAUUUCCUCUGCUGAUGUUGCCAAGGAAAUAAUGAAAACUCACGACAUCAACUUUGCGUCACGCCCGCCGAUUAUCACGGCAGAGAUAAUCAGUUAUGGGUGCUCAAGCAUCUCUUUCGGCCCCUACGGGGAUCACUGGAGACAGCUCCGCAAAAUCUGCACCUUGGAGCUUCUGUCCACCAAACGUGUUCAGUCAUUCGGCUGGCUGAGGAUGCAGGUGUUUGGUGAUCUUGUCAAGAGGUUUGCCUCGUGCCAAGAUGGAUCAGCUGUGAAUUUCUCGGAGGAGUUCAUGUCUGCGAUUUAUGAUCUUAUUUCGAUGGCGGUAUUAGGCGAGGAGGCGAAGCAGCACGAUACUUUGCUCCCCAAUCUCAAAGAAGUGCCACAACUAUCGGCUGGAUUUGAUAUUGCUGAAUUGUUCCCAUCGGUUAAAUUGUUUAAGUGGAUGAGUAGAUUGAGGAGAAGGAUCAUUGCUCUACACGAAGAAAUAGAUAGGAUGUUCGAUGAUGUAAUUCAUCAACACAGAAUUAACAAAACAGACGACGAUAAAGAUCUGCUCGAUGUUCUUCUCAAAGUCGAGCAAGACGGCCUCGAACUUCCUAUUACAUCUGAAAACAUCAAGGCUGUGCUCGUGGAUAUGUUGCUUGGUGGAAGUGAGACAUCCUCCACAGUCAUGGUGUGGGCAAUGUCUGAAAUGCUAAAAAAUCCAAGAGUCCUCCAAAAGGCACAAGAAGAGGUGAGGAUGGUUUUUGACCAAGAUGGAAGUGUAGAUGAAUCCCGGAUUCCCCAACUCAACUAUCUCAAGGCAGUUGUGAAGGAGACUAUGAGGAUGCAUCCACCGCUGCCUCUCUUACUUCCAAGAUUAAGCAAGGAAGCAUGUCGGAUUCAAGGAUACGAAAUACCAGCCGACUCCAAAAUCAUCGUUAACGCCUGGACUGUCAACAGAGACCCCAAAUAUUGGGAUGAUCCACACUGCUUUAAGCCAGAAAGAUUUAUGGAUAGUUUGGUGGAUUACAAGGGAAAUCAUUUCCAAUUCAUUCCUUUUGGUGCCGGAAGGAGAAUGUGCCCGGGCAUUACGUUCGGCCUCGCCAAUGUUGAGUUUCCGCUUGCACUGUUUCUAUACCAUUUCGAUUGGAAUUUGAUGAAGCAUCAAGAUUUGGAUAUGGAAGAAAAAUUUGGUGCCACGGCUUCCAGGCUCACAGAUCUAUUUCUUGUUCCGGUUGUCAAGAGACCUUUGCCAAUCACUAAUCUCAAACCUCUCUAA